UGUGUUACUGUGGCCGUCCCUUCGGUCGUCUGUAAAACCAACACCGGGAAAGCGGGGCAGGACGAAUGUUACCGUGAUUGCGUGUGUCAUUUGAAGCUGCAGUGUAGCAACUGAUCGAGACGACGCCGACGACGACAGCGACGUUUAAGGUGGCCUCCUCGCGGCAAUCGGCUACUCCCUAGCGGCAUGAUAUAGGGCUAUGGGACGGGCAGCAACCGGUUGUAACAUUCCGCCAAGGUAUUGAUGCAGUCAUAAUCGACGUGUUGAGACGAAAGAGGAAGAAAAAAGGCAGUGAUAGAGUGAAGGCGGCGACGGGAAGAUGCCGUCACGGAAUGCCCUAUGGACGUGGAUAAAGCUCCUCGGGCUGGCACUGGCGGUGCUGGACCUCGCGUCGGUGUCGGCUCAAUCGAACUCGCCGCAAACAUGCCCCCCGGGUAGCGACAUCAGUCCGUGCGUGUGUCAGGUGAAGAAGAACGGUCUCGACAUCCUGUGUGAGGCCACCGACGUGCAGCACAUCACCAAAGCGAUGAGUGCGCUCAAGGGCAAGAGCCCGAUCAUCUUCUACCUGAAGCUGCGCCACAACAACCUACCAAAGCUGCAGGGCUUCGUGUUCCUGGCGCUCGACAUUCGGCAUCUGACCAUCCACAACAGCAGCCUCGCGACCAUCGAGGAGACGUCUCUCAGCUCUCUCGGACGCGGCCUGACGCAGCUCGAUGUGUCCCAAAAUCAACUGAUGAGCGUACCGUCGAGUGCCCUAAAGAACCUGCACUAUUUGUUGAUCCUGAACCUGAACCACAACCGCAUCUCGCAGAUCCACAACCGAGCGUUCGAGGGCCUCGACACGCUGGAGAUUCUCACGAUCUACGAAAACAAGCUGACGUUCAUCGAACCGGACGCGUUCCGUGGGUUGGACAAGAAGCUAAAGCGGCUUAAUUUGGGCGGAAACGACCUCACCUCGGUGCCGCAGAAGGCGCUUUCGAUGUUGGAAAACCUCCGGAAGCUUGAACUCCAGGAGAACCGCAUUAAAACAAUCAAAGAAGGCGAUUUCGAAGGUCUGGAGAAUCUCGACUCCCUCAUUUUGGCUCACAAUCAGCUAACGGAAGUUCCGGCUCGGGUGUUCUUCCACCUAACGCUGCUCAACUCGCUCGAGCUCGAGGGCAACUCAAUCUCGUUCAUCGCGAAGGAAGCGUUCGAGGGCUUGGAAGAAAAUCUCCAAUAUCUCCGCCUGGGCGACAACAACCUCCACAUCAUCCCGAGUGAGGCCCUGCGUCCCUUGCACCGGCUGCGACAUCUUGACCUGCGCUCGAACAACAUCUCCGUUAUUAGUGAGGACGCUUUCGUGGGUUUCGGAGACUCGAUCACCUUUUUGAAUCUUCAGAAAAACGACAUCAAGGUCCUGCCGGCACUCGUGUUUGAAAAUCUCAACUCCCUCGAGACGCUCAGCAUCCAGAACAACAAGCUGACUCGCAUACCGGAGGAGGUGAUGGAGCCGAUCAUGGACUCGCUGCGUGUCGUUGAUAUUAUGGAUAAUCCAUUGAUCUGCGCGUGUGAGCUCGUCUGGUUCCCGAACCUGCUGCGCGACCUGAAGAACCGAGACGACGAGAUGACCCAGAAGAAGCGCCCCAUGUGCAUGAUGGUGAACGAACACCGGGAGUACUACGUCCAGAACCUGCCCGUUGAGCGGAUGAACUGCGUCGGCAAGAAGUACCACACGUCGUCGCUGAGCGGCAACACCGCUCCGGGCACCGUCAAGGAUACGCUCCUCACGAUGGUGGCCACCGUCGUGACCGGAACAGCACUGAUUGGAUACGGCAGGCUCCGCUAGACGCGUGGGUGAGUAAGUGGGCCGAGGAUGGCGAAAGAGCGAGAGAGAAAGAAAGAGAGAGAGAUGGAGAGUGCACGUUUGGGAAUAGGAGCCCUGGAAAAGGAACGUGUGGGAAAUUUGGGGUGCAACCCGAGCAGACGGACAGAACGGGAUCUAAAGUGUAGCGUAGGAUAAGAAAUAAAGCUAGGUGGGAAUAGCAGGAGUUGGUGUGGAAAGAAUAGAAGACGAAGAAGAAAAAAAAACAACACAAAUAUCAUCGCAACGGUACGGUAGUCAAUUGGUUCGGGAUGGCAAACGGUAGCAGACCGGAGCGGAACAAAUACAAAUGUCACUUUGAUUUUCCACGCUUGCUUUGAUUUGCGAUCGCGGGCGAACGGUGCGGUUCGAUCGGAUCGGACAAUUUUUCCCCGGGACGGGAAAAGCCCGAGCCCGGAUCGGCACGCUUCGGAACAAUGGUGGCGUCUCGCGAGAGUUCCCUUCUGCCGGCGUACUCUUCACCGGCGAGGAAAACAGAAAUCACAUUACCAAAGAGUCUUUCAAUGGAGUAAACUACAUGCAUACGUUUCCGGAACGCGCUUCUGCCGAUCACCGCGAGCGAGUGGAAAAGCGUCCGGAAGAGGGAAAUGAUGUUAGCUUCCAGCAAUGGGUAGGAAACAAAACAAAAGUAAAAACAAAACGCAAACAAUGCAUGUGGUGUUAGCAGCAGGCGCACAACAGAAGCACCUUCAUCCCGGAGGAGCAAGCGAAGGCGAAACAAAAAUGGAGAAUGUUUUCGCGCAAAACGCAAGCUGCGUUUGGCUCCAUUCCCUUCCGCGGUGCGUGGGGGAGUUUUGGGGAAUUAGCUUUUAGGCGCUUUGCUUUCGGUUCACUCGUUCUACUUUAAAGCUUUCCACCGAGCCUGGCUCGCGUAGAAUCGUUCGCACGUUCAUCGUAAUCAUAGGCUAGACAUUCAUCUCCAGGCAGGAAACGUGGAAGUGGAAGCUGAAAAAAUAUAUGCACGAGAAAGAGAGAAAGAGAGAAAAACUUCGCCACCAGAAGGCGUUGCUUUAUGACACGUUCGACACUCAAGCAGGCAUCCAAGCGUGAGGAAAUGAACCGGGAACCUUUGUCCAGUGUCAGGUGCAAGGGUUCUCGCUUCGUGCGCUGGACGCCAUCGCUGGGAAGGAGUCGAGAUAGAUCUACAGACUUUAUGUUCAGCGAAGGCUACGUUUCGUUCCUUUUAACUUCAACCUGAGUUUGGCUUUCACAGAUAGACGGAUAGCAUAUAGGGAGCUAGUUCAAUCGAACGUCUCCCCUGCGAAUGCAGAAAGAGAAGAAAAAAAACUUACACUCAGAAAUACGCGCCUGCAGCGCAAAGAUGGAUGUAUUUAAUCCUAUUUACAUAUACAAACCACACCACGGCGUGCAUGUUGAAUGUAUUUUUCAUCUCAAACCAUGCCCCCUUCUCAGUGUCAGUGUUUCGAUGCACAGCAAAGAGUUAUUUACAAGCGAUUUGAUUCUGAAAGCAACACCUUGCAAGUAAUUAAACAUAUCACUUUGAAGAAGCUAAAACAAACCAAACAAAAACACCCAAUCGUAUGCAUAUAAACGUAUGUUUAAGAAUGUUUGAAUAUCUAUGAAUAUAUCUACUAUAUACACGUAUACCGCAUAUAAUUGCGUGCGCAAAUGCAACAACAAAAAAGAUAUUGCACCAAAUAUGAAGCUAUGGAAAAAGGAUUCAAAGCCUAACCCUUUAAGCUACUCAAAGCAAAACAUAUCAUCGGAUGUGAAACCCAAACAUGAAUUAUGAUACUUCAAGUGGAAUCGUGACCAGUUCACAUUCGCACACUUUACUAGAUGUCUAUGUUUAAAACAACUGCAGCAACAAAAGAUUGCGUGAAAAAAAAUUCGACACAUAUCAAAGUAAAUAUUCCAAAUGAAGAAGAGCAUUAAAAUAGCAUAAGAUACCGGUUAGAGCGUAAGUGUGUGUAUGUGUACGAGGAGCUUUCAGCUGCAAAUUGAGGGAAAGGAUACAAUCAUGUUAUUACAUUUUGAUACAUUGUUAUACAUCCAACGGAGAGAUAGAGGCCGUGUAGGGCCGCAUGGAUCACGGUCCCUUAGCAUGGUUUCUUCCGAUUCCAAACAUAUCAGGCAAACCCCCGUUACCCGCAAAAAAAGGACGAGAGGGCCCACAACAGCGUAAAAGGCUGACAAAAACAAAAACAAAAAAACAUAUCACCCAAGCGACAAAUUGAGAGCUGAGCCUUUUUCUUUCUUCUGGAUUUUCAUUACGAUAAGGCGUAGCAAGGCGAGCGCAAAAAAAAAAAAACAAA